ACCGAACAGUGCGAUCUUAUAAGAAAUUUUCUUUGGAGGAUUUCUUUAAUUUUUUCUGUACUUUUAUUAGAAUAAUUAGAAAUUAUUAACGAUGAAAUGGGUUCAUAAAUUUGUAUGGUGGUUAACAACAAUGACUAUAUGCAGUGGUAACAGAUCAAUCGAUCAAUCAACACCAUGGAAUUCUGUAUUCCCUUGGGAUCAAUUGGGUGAGUUGAUGAAAUCAUGUUUCCUUGAUCAAACAAAUUCCUUUGUCAUCACUGAGGACAUGGUUGAUCCAUUUCACAAAACUUUCCGAGACGUUGGGCAUCUGGACGUUAGCAUUAUUAACCAUAAUUUUAGAACAAAGAACAUCAAAAUAUUAAAACGUGUUUACCCGGUAUAUAUUCUAUCUCCGAAAUCUGCUGAUAGCCUUGAGUCUCUUUUGCUCGCAUUAAAGUCAUCACCGGGAUGGAGCAUCUCGUCGGUUUUUUUCAUCGUUGAUGACACUGAGAAUUCCUGUGGGAAAUCGUCAAAACUGAUGCAGGUGCUUUGGAAGCUGGACCUGAUAUCGUCUUUCUACGUCUGCUGCGAGCCUGGCAAGGAAGUUAUGAUGCUGUACAUUUACAAUCCUUUUACUAACCGAGCUCCUGCGCCCUGGGUAGAAGUUGAAUCGGUUGACAAACCAAAUGAUAAAUGGACGCUCUAUAAGCAGCCCUAUUCAAAUGAUCAAACAUAUUGUGGCAGCUUAAUUUUCGACAAGACUCAAUUUCUUGAUGGCUACAACGUUAAAGCUGUUAGUAGGUCUCUGUCAACUUACACUCGAAAUAAAACUUAUGGUAUAGACACUUUACAAGACCAUGUACAGUCAUAUUCUCAGGUGACAUUUUCUAAAAAUUUAUUUAUACAUUUGAAUGCUACUCCCAUCAUCAAUUAUGAUGUUCCUACUUUUUGGAUUAAUAAUACCGCAGUAGGAACUUUGAAAAGUUUGAUCGAUGGCACACAUGAUAUCUGUCUAAAUUGGCGUAGUUCUUCUGAUUUCAUGAAAUAUGUCGAUUCUAUUAAGAUGCACUAUCAAUUUAACUUUAUGAUACUGACCCAGCGGAAAAAUUUGGUAACUAAGAUUGACAAUUUCCGGAACUUUCUGAAUUCAAAAAUUAUCGGAGCUUCGAUUUUUGUUAUGCUUGUAACGUUCAUUAUAGCGGCCUUCAACAACGACCAUGAUUACGGCGAUGGGUUCUUAGAUACUAUUCGAUUGUUGUUGAGCGCUGGAAUAAUGGUUCCAUUAAAUAGAUUAUCGAUGCGUGUCAUUUUUCUGGCCGCAACGUUAUUCGUUUUUCUUAUGUCUCCAGCAUUACUGGGUCAAGUUUUUUCUUUAUUAGCUAAGCCCAAAUAUCACUAUCCGCAAACUUUGAAAGAUUUGCAUGACUUCAAAUUCAAUGUUCACUAUCAUCUUUAUUUGAUAGAUUUCAUAAAUAUACAGCAUUUAUGGCUAGAUGACGAUAGAAAGUAUCUGCACCCGUUUUCCCAUCACCCAUCGACUUGUCAUGAACAAGUUUUGAAUGACAGUUCAAAUGCAUGCAUUGCAUUUACGUUUUAUCAAGUGCGCGCAGCUAAAGAGUAUAACUUGCAUUUGGCAGAAAAAAAAAUAUGUAAUGCUUACGGUUCUUAUUGGAUCAGAAAAAACUGGGCUCUGAAAGAUAAAGUUGAUAAGGUAGUGUCAAGAUUUGAAGAGUCAGGUCUUCUUGACUUAUGGGUAAAAAAGGAUAUUCCGAAUAUUCCUAGAAAAUCUCAAACUGAUUCACCCACAGAAUAUGACAAAGUUGAAUUCGAAGAUUUAAAAAUCGUUUUCAUAUUUUUGGCGCUUGGUCUUGUGUUUUGCUUUUUUAUUUUCGUGGUUGAAAUAGUCAUAGGAAAGUACAAAAUUUCUCGGCAUAGAAAGAAAGUAAUCAAUGCUUCAGAAAGGCAAGUUGCCUACAUUGGUGGUCGACUAGUUCCGAUAAAAUAAUCCGCGGGGUCAUCUCUUUUGUAUUGUUUUUGAAUUACAUUUAAAUUGGAAUAAUAACACCGGCACACAAAAAAAAAAAUUGUCUGUACACCGGGCGCCACCUAUCUACGGGCAUGUCUAUCGACCCGCUGAAUACGAAUUUCAAGUCAGUUUAGGCCGUACAGCCUUCAAUUUCGAGUAAGUUGCAAAAACCUAUUAUAAUAGGUACUCUAUUACAGAGCACAAAUUUACUGAAAGUUGAAAUACUUUCAAUCGAAAGAAAAAAACCUUACAAUUAUCUAUUAGCUUGAGUUAGAGUCUCCUUAGAUUUGUAAUUUACUUUUUAAUCUUCUCGAAACAUUUUUUACUCUAGCAUGACCAAUGAUCGAUUUUGAGGAUGAAAUGAAGGGCAAAACCCAAAAAUCGUGUGAAAUAAGGGCUAAAAUUUCGACUCGGAAAAAUAGGAAAAUAUGUACAGAGGGGUUGUGUUUUUAAGUGGCAUGCUGCGAAUAAAAAAGUACAUUAAUCAUAAAUAUAUAAUUUUCAAAGCUGUUUGGUGAAUAUUGAAUGAGGGUAAAACAAUUAAAUCUUCGAACAUAAGCUUCGUGUUACACGCUAUGUUUUCUGCUAACGAUUUCUAUUGCUCAAUUUCUCUUUCAAUUGCUGUUGGGUGAAAAAUCUCAGACAGUUAAGUUCUAUACUAAAGAUUUUUAUUAAACAACAGUAUUUUCGGGCGCUUAAAUUUCAAUUUUUCAAGUAUUGCACUAAAUAUCUAGUAAAUACGACGUUUGUCAUCGAACC